AUGCAAUGUUUGCGUUGUCAAUGUUGUGAUGCCGUUCUAGCUGACAUAUCUUCAACAUUUUAUACUAAAGAUAAUGCCCUACUUUGCAAGUCUGAUUAUAUUAAACGAUAUGGUAGUCGUCCCUGUUCAUUAUGUAGUCAAGUUAUUGGACCGAAUGAACAAGUUAUGCGUGUUAGUCCAAAUUAUGUUUACCAUCUUCAUUGUUUUACUUGUGUUAAAUGCCAUGCACGUUUAGUUAAAGGUGAUCGUUACGUUUUUUUCAAUGGACAAUUAUAUUGCGAAAAAGAUAAUCCACUGAAAUCGUCUACAAAUACGAGUAAUAGUCCAGUAUCGAAACGUGGAACUACGAGUAAACGUGGCGCUAAAGCGGCCACGGCUGCAGCAUCACGUGCCGCUGCAGCGGCGGCAGCAGCAGCUGCUGCUCAAGCACAACAACAGCAAACAUUCGUACCAUCCUCGACACCUUUGUAUCAUCAAUAUCACUCUUCCACGCCACACACAGGACAUUUAUCUUUGAUGAACAAUCAUCAUAUGCAUUCGUCAACAUCACCACCAAGUACAAUCACGCACUCGUUGCUGAACAAUUCGACCAGCAAUGGUUUAUCGUCGCUAGCGACGGCAAGCGGUGAUGAAUUGUGCUGA